AUGCGGCCCAUUCUUUUAGCUAUAUUCGUGGCUGUAGCCGUUGCCGACCUUGUCGACCUCUCCAACGAGAAGCCGGAGGAGGCCAAGAACGAGCCGCCAGUGAAGCCGAAAGGCCUGGGGCCGGUUGGACAGUUUGAUGAGGAGCACCUGCCCGUCGAGGAGCCCAAGGAUGACUUGGAGGAGCGCAAGCUUCGCUCUAGCCCGACUGGUAGCCGCCUGCCGGGAGGUGACGAUCUGCCGAUGGCCGGUCCCGACGGUGAGGAGAUCCAUGUGCGGAACUUUGCCGAUCGCAUCGAGAGCGGGACAGAUAUGGAUUUCUGGAUGCGGAUCACGUGUAGCGUUUGCGAGCGUACCAUCAAAGAGGCCCGGCAACACUUCCCGAAUUCCCACUCCGUCUCCUAUUCCGAAAACCGUAAAUGGCUCUGGGACAAAUGCAUGAACUAUGGCGCGUUCUGGGAGAAGGAGCAUGAGGGCAAGAAGAAGCAGGAGCAAUUCGUCUGCGAGCAAAUUUUCAAGCACCGCUACAGCGACUUCGACAGGGCCCUCGACCUCGCCAAGCAGGGCCGACACAACGAGAUUUGCAAGAUGGCCAAGUGCAUCGAUUUGAAAUUG